GAGCCUCUCCAUUGGCCGUCUCGCGCUCAUUUAGCUGCUGUCAAAGCGCGCGGCCCGGGCACGCUCCGGUAACUUUUCCCCACUACAGCUUCAACCAAAGUAAGCUCAAACAAGCGGUUUCCAUUCUUGUCUGCGCUCGUGGAUGACAGAGGGGGUUGAAAAAAGAGGAAGAAAAAAAGAGGUGAAAACGGAGGAAGUGCGGGAGCAGGUUUACCUCUGAGCGGAUUUCAUCCCCUCUCUCUGCUUCUUUCACUCUUCAUCCAUCUCUCCCUCGGAGGUUUAGCUGCUGCGCGCGCGGGCCAGCCUGAAUGUUUCUUCGUGUUUGACUGGUGUCCCACAAAGACGAGGUGAAUGUACAGCAUCAUGAUGGAAACGGACUUACAUUCCCCCGUGGUUCCCCAGACCAACCCGUCCAACCCGGGGGGACACGCGGGAGGCGGAGGCGGGGGGGCCGGAGGCAAAGUCCCACAGGAGAGGAUCAAGAGACCCAUGAACGCCUUCAUGGUGUGGUCCCGGGGUCAGCGGAGGAAAAUGGCACAGGAGAACCCCAAGAUGCACAACUCAGAGAUCAGCAAGCGGCUCGGCGCCGAGUGGAAAGUGAUGACGGAGGCGGAGAAGAGGCCGUUCAUCGACGAGGCGAAGCGGCUCCGGGCCAUGCACAUGAAGGAACACCCGGACUACAAGUACCGGCCGCGGAGAAAGACCAAGACGCUGCUGAAGAAGGACAAAUACUCGCUGGCCGGCGGGCUCCUCGGCUCCUCGGCGGCUGUGGGGAUGGGCGGCGGGCAGCGGCUCGAGAGCCCCGGAGGGGGGCACGCGGGGCCAAACGCAGGCUACGCCACGCACGUGAACGGCUGGGCCAACGGCGCGUACUCGGGCCAAGUGGCGGCGGCAGCGGCGGCGGCUCACGCCAUGAUGCAGGAGGCGCAGCUGGCGUACACGCAACACCCGGGCACCGGGGCUCACCCGCACCACCCGCACCAUCACCCGCACCACCACCCGCACAACCCGCAGCCCGUGCACAGGUACGACAUGAGCGCCUUAUCUUACAGCCCCAUCUCAAACUCUCAGAGCUAUAUGAGCGCGUCUCCGCCGGGCUACGGUGGCAUUACCGGCUACACCCACCAGCACCAAAGCUCCGGCGUGUCUCCGGUGUCCGGGGCCAUCGGCGGCACUUUGGGGUCUCUCGUGAAAUCUGAGCCGAGCGUGAGCCCGCCGGUGUCCACCGCGCGCGCACCGCCGCCGUGCCCCACGGGGGACCUGCGGGACAUGAUCAGCAUGUAUCUGCCGACCGGUGAGGUGGCGGGGGACUCCUCCGUUCAGAGCAGACUGCAUGUGCUCCACCCGCAGCACUACCAGAGCAGCGGCUCCACUCCGGUAAACGGGACGGUUCCUUUGACCCACAUUUAAACCCCCCCACAUGUCCUGCAAGCACCACAAACCACAACCAAAUAUUUACACUCUAGAUGUGGGCACGAGCUGCUGAUGAAUUGUAAAUUAUAGGCGGUUAUAGCCAUAAAAAUGCAAUCACUUUGAACAAACUUUUUUUUAUCGUUAUUAUAUUUUUUUCUUUCAGUGAUGGAUUCUUCUGUCUGUCCGAGUUUAAAGGAAAGCGCACACGGUUCACUAUCGCUCUCUGGAACAGAGCAUGCCAAGUGGUUUUUUUUUUUGUUUGUUUGUUUUGUUUGUUUUUUAUUUUUUUCACACGAUUUAAAUUAUAAUCCGUGAAGUGCUGGUGCGAUUUGAAGGUUAUUUUUUUCCCGACUUUUCUGUGGAAUUAAAGGCACCAGCGGUGUGUUUAAGGGAUCCAUAAAAGCUGUCCGAAAAAUGAGCGGAGGGCGGGAAUGGAAGAUGUGUUGGAGAAGAAGACUAAGGAGAAAAAAAAAGUUUCUAGGCUGCAGUUUUUAAAAAUGAUUUCCAGUUUUAAUGCUUGUAAACAUGUGAGUCAGUCGGUGUAAUUUGAAUUUUGUUUUUGUUGUUGUAAAAUCUUGUAAAUUGUGAAUAAAUAGGCCUACUGAAAACGCUUUUAUGCAAUUGUACAUAAUUUAUAAAAAUGCGCAAUUUCUUUUUCUUUUGAGGGAGGGGGCGGGGUUAAAGAGGAAACGAAUAUGCGGCGAGUUUAAUAAAUUUUAAAGAAUUUCUUCUGUCUUGGAGAAAGCUCGUGGUGUGUUUAAUGUCUGCAUAUUUAAACUGCUCUGAGAAUUCCUGGUUAUCUACAUCGGCUGUAUUGUUAGGAUAUAACGACACAUGCUCGUCCUUGUAUGGCUGGAUUAACGUUAAAGUAGACGGGGAAAAACAAAUCUGGUCAAAAAAUGCACAAAACAAGAAAUAAAUAAUAAUUAAUACGUUGCACGCACGCCUGUUUCCUAACCACAGAGGUGACUUUGAUAAUAGCAUGCCCUGAAUUAGUCUCGGCGUUUUUAAUAGAUGAUUUCUCCUCUGAUAAAAACAUGAUCAGGUUUUGCUCUUCAUUCUGAUCGAGCCUUUUUUAAAAUUUAUUUAUGUUUUAUUGAUACAGUUAAAAAACGGUAUUUACCCGCCAUUAAAAUCUUAACAUCACUCUUUACAUUACAUGAUUACAUCAUUACUCUUUUCAUCAUCAUUAUUAAGAUGAUAACAGACAUCUGAGAACAGAUUCAGAUUCAUUGGUGUAAAUGCAGAUUUUUUUUUUAAUCGUCUUUGUUGUGUGUUUGUUUAUAUUUGGGGUUUUCUGCACUAGAAUUUUUUUUAAAAAGCAUUUCAAAAUAAUAAACACUCAGGUGCUGACAACAUAGGAUCCUAUAUUUUGUAAUCUGAUAAUUUAUAAGAGUGCAGUCGAUGGUUAAAAUAUAGACAAAAAUUGACUACAUUUUUAGCCAAACACUGUCCUAAUACUCAAGAUUUCUUUUAUUUUUUCUUAAAUAUAUAAUAAACUGUGCCUUUAUUCUUUAAUAUCUAUGUUUAAUACUGUCCCUCAUGUAAUUCGCAUCCAUAGAUAGAUACAAAGCUUUAUUUUAUUUCCAUUUUGAGAAAUUGUUUCAUGUUGUUGUUGUUUAUUUUUCAGUAUCUCUUACAUCCAAAUUCUAAAAACACACGUAGGAUAUGUAUUUGAAAACAUUACUCAUAAAAUAGCCUCAGUGUGUGCGUUUGUGGAAAUCAUGUCCGGCUAAAAUACACCCUUCUUUAGGAUGAGAGGACAUUUUUGUCUCCAUCAUCAGUUUGACCUACCCGAUCUUACUUGAUAAUUUAAAACUUACUUUAUAAUGUGCACCUGGCUUCUUUAAUGAUUGUACUUAUAGGCCAAGACAAAAUAUUAUUAUUAUAAUAAUUUUUAAUUGUUUGUUUGUUUUUGGUUUUCCUCUUCAGUCUUAUUUACUGCAGGGUCAUGACCUCAGCAAUCUGAAGAAAAUCCAAUAACGCAAGUAUCCGAUAGUCAGUGCACUACCAAUUCACCCAGUGCCCUCACUCAGGCCCACUUCAACGCUCGCUUUCACCUGGGUGCUUUUACUCUACUGCCGGCCCUCAAAUCUUACCCCAUCCCAUGACCUCCAGCAUCAAAUGCCUCCAUCUGUAUGUGCAAUUGUCACGGUUGUUACAUUAUUUCCUUUUUUAAAUUUGAUGGCUGAAUCUGUUGAGGCCCCUGGGUUGGGAGCGAGCAAUGAAUGAGGGCAGGAGGAGGUAGGAAGGGAGAAGGCGAGGAGAGGAGAGGAGGUUUUUGUGUUGGAGAAGAAUGGGGGAUUAGUCCUGGUGUAAGCCGGGGCAACCCGGAGGUCACCCCCAACAAAAAGCCCGGCAAACAACACCCGUGGUUUUAUCAGACUAAUUCCCACUCGGGUCUGAACUCAAAAGCGAGAGGGCAGCGUGGAUGCGAGUCACAUCUAGUAAAGAUGAUUCCAGCAGGUAUUUAAUAUGCACACAGUUGGUCUUAUAUAAUUUCUUUCUUUCCCUACAUAAAAUGCCAGGUUUGUUUGGCUCUGUCUUUGCUCUCUGAUAUUAAAAAAGCUGCUAACAUUUCGAUACGCUAUGACAGACUUUUAUCAUCAGGAUUUAUUUUUAACGCAGGAAAACAGCCCAUCAAUCAAAGAGGGGGUCAUUUAGGAGCUCACAAGACACUACUUGGAUUAUUUUCAACAAAAGGUUAAAACAAGAAAAAACAAAAUGAACUAGUUAGCAGAAAGCUUUAACAGGUCAGUGGAUGUUUCAACAUGGACUCUGAUCCAAGCAGGCUGGGAAAAGUUUAAAACUAAGACCGUGUUAAAAACAGACAGCAGAAUAAAAAAUGCUCUUCGGACAUCACACAGGUGACACUUUGUGGAACUCCAUGCAAGCGUCCACGGCUAAACGCAAGACUCCAGAUUCUGACUGAGCUCAAGAUCAGAGGUUAAAGGUCAUGUGUUCUAACGCGGACAGCUCAAAGUAUCUCACUGUAAGGUAAGUUCUUUUUAAAUACAUACUGUAAAUAUAGAAGCUAAAAUACAAAACAGCAAACUAGAAUCUAUAAGAACAAAAUCAUUUCUAAAUGCAAUGAUGUACAUUAGAGAGAUUUUUCUGAGUUUUGACACAACCCAACUGACGUCAGGUACAGAUGAACUUUUUCUUCGUUACUUUAGAAUACUUCCUGUUACAUUUAUAAACCCCAUUCCGCAUUUGUUCAUGUUCUUGUUCAUGGAGUUUACAACAUUAUCGGCCAGAUGUUGAGGCUGUAAAAGACUUGCAAAUCAGGUUUCGUGCUGCAUGAAAUGAAGCGCUACUGAAAAAGAGCGUCGUGCAGUCUUUGCAAAAACGCCAAGUUUGAGCAGGAAGUUAACUUCACUUCCUUCUCAGCUCCUCGACGCAUUUCUAAAGCGUGGCUUCCUGUGGAAGAAUGGGGAUUAAAAAAUAAAGAUAAUUUAAACAAAAAAAAAAGUGAAGAGAUAUUUGACUAUUUAAUUAUCACUCAUCAAAAACUUGUUUCUGCAGGAUAUUAUUAUUUGUUCAUUGUGAUAAAAGGUGAGAUGAUUGCCUCUGAAUACCGCUCUGAUUGGACUUUUUGAUCGCAAAUGUCUUAAUAUGAUGAUAGGGAAAUGGCAGAGGGGAAAGUGGAGGAUUCUGCCGCAGCUAUUCUGAUUGAUUCGCUAAACCUCGAGGUAUGAUGGGAGCGUUUCCUCCGCAAAGUGUAAGAGAAAGGGAGUCAGUAAUUACUAUUAUCAGAGAAGUGGGACUCAAAUGAUCAGGCUUAUCCUCGGGUCCUGAUGUGACGCGAAACCCAGGUAAGAUGAAAUUAUACCCGAGUGACACUUGUCUAGAUACGCCACGCAAAAAGACAUCAAUCAGCGCAUGCAUCAGUCAGAAGUGCAGCUCGGUCUGGUCCACACUGUGCUAUACGCAGCAGCUUCUAUCAUCAGGAGAGGCUGAGGGCUGGACCUGUGCAUCCGGAGAUCCACAGUCAUGUGUCUGCAGGUCUUCCUCCUCUCCUCAUGUUCAGCUUGGCACAUGUUUGGACACCACUGCUUUGGCACGUCCCACUCCAUAACCCCGUGCACCCGCUUCCCCUCCCCUUCCCCAAUCCAUUCCAUGUGCUCCUGGUGUCCUGAACGUGGAUAAUCAGCGUCAGUUUAUCACGCCUCCGCAUAUUUCCCUCCCUCUCCUCCUAUAAAAACCCUCACCUCUGUCGUUGGACCCGGUUCUGUCAUGGGAGAUUACGGGGGACCGAUUGCACAAGACUGAAUGUGGCGCGAGGAGAUUAGCCGGGGACGCCAUAGAAAAUAGCAACGGGGCCAACAGAUUCCUCGCGAGGGGGCCUUAUCGUGCAAUUACACGUUGACACGUUUUAACCAUUUUUCAGCCUCUUA